AUGACAGACGUCCCGCCGCCCUUGAAUGCACUCGUUGCUGCUGCUCGCCAGCAGCAGUACAGCCAUCCUCUGUCGUCCCCUUUCGCCGUCCCUCCUCAGGCUUCGCGACGACAACCACAGCCGCCCAUCGACGAUGGUGUCGAAGAGGACGAUGGUGAGAUUAUCUGUAUUUGCGGCAUGCGCCACGACGACGGCUUCUCAGUGCAAUGCGAAACUUGCAAUAACUGGCAACACAUGAUCUGCUACUAUCCUACCGAGGCAGACCGUCCUGGCGAACACCAGAAGCAUUAUUGCUUCGACUGUCAACCACGAUGGCUCGAUGCAGAUCAAGCCAAAGAGCGACAGAAAAAACAAAUACAGCGACAAGCCCUCGACUCGCGGCGACCCGGCCCAAAACAUCGCAAAAAGCAGAAGGAAUCGCCAGCUGCUGUCAAUGGUUCUUUACUGCAAGGUCGCGACCGUAAGAGUGCCAGCCCGCGCGACCACCCACCUCCUGCCAAACGUCCAAAGACAGGGCACCGUCCCUCCGCAGCCGCCAACCACGCCCCUACCAGUCGCAAACGAAACGGAACGAUAACGACAGCCCGCAGCCCAUCGCCAGAUCCGUCAAGAGCCAUUAUACCAUGGUAUUCGGAAGAGUUCUAUCGCCUCUACUCUCAAGUCUCCUCGCACGUUGAGACGGAAACAAAUCUCAUGAACAAUAUUGCCGUCACAAAUUCAUUAUCCGAAUGGCUGAAAAACCCGGUCGUUGUCGAGAAAGACACGAACGGCCUCAGUCAGAACGACAUAUUCCUCCGUUGGGAUGGACCCUUCGAGGACAUGCCCGGUCGACCCGAAGUUGCCUUACACUGGGAAGCAGACCCCAACUUCACCGACCAGGCCGAGCCUCCAAAGUGGCCUUGCCUGACGGUCGAGCAGGAUAUAUCCAAGCGUACCUUCAUUGGUGAGCUUCGUGGACACAUCGGCUACAAGGAGGAAUACAUGAACGAUCCUGACAGUCGUUGGUCAUCACUACGCCACGCCGAACCCUUCGUCUUUNUUCACCCCCAACUUCCCAUCUACAUCGACGCCCGUCAAGAGGGUACUAUGUUUCGCUAUGUUCGUCGCAGCUGUCGACCGAAUACAGAGAUCCAGACUAUCAUCACCGACGGUACCAACUAUCAUUUCUGUUUCAUGGCUACCAAGGACCUUCAGUCUGGUGAGGAGAUCACCGUUGCCUGGCAAACAGAUGACACCAUUAAAGCCAUGUACGCCGAAAGAGGCGUUGUGCACGGCGACGUGCCUGCCGACAUCAAGUAUGCUAUCGCCAUGUGGGUGUCCAAUGUGCUCGCUAACUGCGGCCCUUGCGCGUGUAACGGCGAAGGCUGUCUGAUGGCUCGGUUCGAUCGACGUGGUCAACCUCAACCCGUCGAACCAAUUGAGACAGCUGCCGCGCCCAUCAAAGUUCCAAAGUCACGUCGCAAGAAACCCACCAACAACCUUUCACCUGUCGACCUGAACCCCAACAGCCACAGUCGUUCUGGCAGUGAAGCUCGAAAAAUUGAGGUCGAAGACGACAUGACAGAUGUUCGAUCUGUAUCUGGUUCUUUCCGAGCCUCGGCUAGUCGAGACAUCACUCCCGGCACUCAUUACUCGGCCGUCAUCCCCGAGAUGUCCGAACGCGAAAAGAAGAAGCUCAUGCGCGAGGAAGAAAUGUUCCGACGACAAGAGGAGGAAAGCGGUCGACAGAAGAAGAAGCGUCACAGCGGUACCACACCUUUGUUGCCACAAAGCAGUACUCUGUCUUCCUCGAAACAACAGUCUUCAGAACCCUCGUCAUCUCGUCGAGGCACGAUCUCCAAACGACCAUCAAAGCCUGGAAAAUUGGACAAGCAGGCUUCGGAACCUUCGAGGCCAGUCUAUGUCGAUUCAUCCAUUCAAUGCGAUAUGGACAACGACGACCCUCCAGAACCACAAAUGCCAACCCCUCCCAAGAAGAAGCAAUACUUGUCAGUGACACAACGCCUUCUUCGGAGGUGCGCCUCAAACAACCUCAAGCGAAAGGCCGAGGGCGAGACGCCUGACGACUCGCCCACCAACGGGGUCCACCCAGAGGAGAUCAUGGACAUUGAUAAUGUUCAACAAAGCCCGAGGAGCGUUGGUGCUGUAUCGGAUGCCACUCCACUCUCACCUGUGUCUAUCAAGCGCGCCGAUGUCAACACGACCGAGGCUACACAAGCACGUCCUGCUUCACUUUCACCCGCUUUUGGUCCAGUGGAUGCCGACAUGCAGGACAUGGACGAGCAUGAUCGUGCCACCCCUCCUCCCAACGACCAAAACCCCUCGNUCGUCCUACAGCUCAGCAAGUCCUUCCACAGUAAAACCAGGCGUUCCUUCACAUCCACCGAUGGACCCACCACCACCGCCAUGGCCACAAAAGAAGCUCCGAGUAUAGGCGAAGUGCAUCCUGCCUCUCCAGAAUUCAAACCUACCCACCCCGAGAUGCAUCUAACCAUGCCUCCAUCGUUGAAUUCUGCAACUUCCNCUCCGCUUCUUACACAAUCACCGGCAACCAUGACGCCUGGUCUUUCCAACAUACCCCUCUUUUCGCCAUCCGUCUCUGCCGCAGUAAAUCCCAGUCCUGCCAGGAAGAAGUUGAGCUUGAGCGAUUACACAAAACGCAACAAAGUACACCAGCCAAGAGACAUCUCUCCUGCAGCUAGUCUGACAGACAGUGUAUCGGCCAAAGACAAGGAAAGCAUCUUGAAUGGUGUGGCUGUCACCGACUCUCCAGCAUCAGAGCAGGCCAUUGAUGCAACGGCGCCACCACUUGGAAGCCAAGAGUCCGUAGUACCACCAGCUUGA